CUUGCGAGCGGCACAACCGGAGGGGCCGAGCUCUGCCGCUGCCUCCGCCUCUCCCCGACCCCUCCGGCCGGGCCGCUUCUCCCGGGGCCGGGGGGCCGGAGCCGGCAGUCGAUGCUGGCUUGGAAGACCUGCCCGCCUCAAGCCAGAGAGGUUUGUGGUCCCACGUGCAUUUGUGGAUUUGUGUCUUCACACACCUAAUAAAGUUUUUGUGAGCGUGCUGUCAUCCCAGUACCCUACUAAAGUUUGAUACAUCAGUGUUACUCUGCAGACAGGACUUCUCCCUGCCUCACACACUGUGUAGCCCACUUGUUGCUGCUGAAGUACAUCCACAAGGAAACUCCUUGGCCUAUGGUUAUGAGAAAAAUCAUCUUCAGUGUUGCUUGUGGAUGUCAGCAUCAUAUUGUGGAGUAGAAUACAUCCUGAAUGAUGAACAGAAAACAACUCUUGUCUUUCAGCACAUUCCUUAAUUCCCCUCAUUUUCCUAAUCCAUGUAGAAAGGAGGUAACAUAACUGGAAAAAAAUCGUCAUAAAAAAACACCAUGUAAAUAUUUCCAGUACUAUUUGAAAGCUGUUUUAACGUUGUUGCCAUCUGAUCAUACAGGAAGGGUACUUCCAGGUGAUGUUCCAAAACCUAAAAGCAUUUCUAGUACAUGCCCACUUUGUUGGAUUUAAGAUGUCUUUAACGCCAUUAUGAAUGUUUGGCAGGCCACCUGGGAGCCGUGGAGAUUAAGUGUGUAGCGGAACGAAGGAAGAAACAUGAGCUAGGAAAUGGAAAUUGAUUUUUAUUUUCCCUUAAAUUGUGGGGAGCCUAGUUUGGGAGGGAUGUAGGUAAGCUUUGGGUUGGACGUCUGUAACCACUGCCUUUUAGGAUUUGGGUGUUGGUUUAUUUAUUUAUUUAUGUUUCUUUUCCCAAAUGUCUGAAAGUACAGGCAGAAAGGGAUAGGGUUUUCCUUUAAUGGCAUAGGAUAUGGGCUUGUGGUAUACCAGGGUAAAGGGUGGAUAGAUAGAUAGAUACACACACACACACAAGGUAAGGGUGUACCGGGAAGCCAUGUAUAGGGAUCCUACUGGGUUCUGCUGGAGUCAGCAACUGGGCAUUCAAAUUCCGUUGCUGAGGUUGUCCCCGUUUGUGUUCUUUCUGCACGUUUGGGAAGUUUUGACGAAGGGCAGGUGUUCGUUCACAGCAGCUGAGCAUAGCACGGCCUCUUCGUGAAGGGGUUGGCGUUAGGAAGUUCCCGACUUAACCCUGGCUCCUGACGGAGGAUGAAUGGGGUACGCUGCUGGGACUAGGCCAAACCAAGCAAGAGUACUCCAGGUUGCAAAGGUGGGCUGGGGUAGUUUUUUAAUAGAGCUAGCCAGCUGUGCCCCUAAGUAUGAAAACUUUUUUUUAGAUGCUGUUUGGGAGCGCUUGAUAGUCGAUAAGCCUUCAGUUUUUUAGAACAGCUACGGGUGGCUUGAAGAAUUAGGUUUCUCCACAGGGAGAGGUUUGCCAGGGCAGUUACUGAUUUAUCUGAACUCCCAUUUACUUUGUUUUGAAUUACACAGCUCCUAUUUGAUAUUUUCAGCCCCCUACUUAGUGCUAAAAUGCUAUACAAAUGAACUGUUUGUACACAAGUGAGGUGCUGUAGCUUAGGACUUCUUUGGCUGCUGGUAAACAUUGUUUCUUGUAUUUGAACGAAAUGUUCUAUUAGAAUAAAUAAAAAUGUUAUGUUAGAAUAGGGCAUGAAAAUGUGAUGUUUCAAAAAAGAAUAAAAAGUGUGAAGAUGGAAUCCCAUCAAUUAGUGGUGUUUACCUUUAUUUUGGUGGAAAAUGUAUAGAUUUCCUCUUGAUGUUCUUCUCCUGUCUUCACAGGAGAAAUAUUAGUAUCAAAGAAUGACAACAGCUGCUUCUUCAAGUGGAUGCCUUGUGCAAGAGGUCAUUAUUUACAGCUACCAGCUUUAUUGAGCUCUUCCUUACAUUUCAUCCUUAUUUUCUUCUAGGAGCGGGAAGACAACUUAGGUUUGAUGUUUUGUGUGCCAUCAACUGAAAUUGGGGCCAACAUGAAUAUAACGAAGGGAGGACUGGUGCUGUUUUCAGCUAAUUCCAAUUCAUCAUGCAUGGAACUAUCGAAGAGGAUUGCGGAGCGAUUAGGGGUCGAGAUGGGGAAGGUUCAGGUUUAUCAAGAGCCAAACAGAGAAACACGGGUGCAGAUCCAGGAGUCUGUGAGAGGGAAGGAUGUAUUCAUCAUCCAGACAGUUUCAAAGGAUGUGAAUACUACGAUCAUGGAACUCCUGAUCAUGGUGUACGCUUGUAAAACAUCCUGUGCCAAAAGCAUUAUUGGAGUGAUUCCUUACUUCCCAUACAGCAAGCAGUGCAAGAUGAGAAAAAGGGGCUCCAUUGUCUCUAAAUUACUGGCUUCAAUGAUGUGCAAGGCUGGACUAACUCAUCUCAUUACCAUGGAUUUACAUCAGAAGGAGAUACAGGGCUUCUUCAAUAUUCCAGUUGAUAACUUGAGAGCAUCUCCAUUUUUACUACAAUACAUCCAAGAAGAGAUACCAGACUACAGGAAUGCUGUAAUUGUGGCCAAAUCACCUGCGUCUGCAAAGAGGGCACAGUCAUUUGCUGAGCGCUUACGGUUGGGAAUUGCUGUCAUUCACGGGGAAGCUCAAGAUGCUGAGUCUGACAUGGUGGACGGUCGACACUCACCACCUACAGCCAAAAACGUAGCUGCUAUUCAUCCCAGUUUAGAGAUACCCAUGCUGAUUCCCAAGGAAAAACCACCCAUCACAGUUGUUGGCGAUGUAGGAGGAAGAAUAGCUAUCAUCGUGGACGACAUUAUAGAUGACGUUGACAGCUUUCUUGCUGCAGCAGAGACCCUCAAGGAGAGGGGGGCUUACAAGAUCUUUGUAAUGGCCACGCAUGGCCUGCUCUCUUCAGAUGCUCCCAGGCUGAUAGAGGAAUCUGCAAUCGACGAAGUGGUGGUUACAAACACGAUUCCACAUGAAAUACAAAAACUCCAGUGCCCUAAAAUCAAGACCGUGGAUAUCAGCAUGAUUCUCUCAGAAGCCAUUCGCAGGAUCCAUAACGGGGAGUCCAUGUCGUACCUUUUCAGAAAUAUAGGACUGGAUGAUUAAUGCAUUUUAGUCUAAAGAAACACCCGGGCCAAACUGGAAGCGAACAGAUAAUGAGCUGUGAAGCAUCAUGCUUAUCUUAAUACUUCUAUUGAGCCACUUUUUGUUUUCUCUUGGUUUAAGUAUCAAGGUAGAACAGUUUCUAAGAGCUAUUUUUUCUUUGCAGAUUUUUUUGGGGGGGAGGGAUGGGGGGGGGACGAGUAAACAUUUUACAAAAAACUGUUCUAGUUGCUUUUAGGUUAGUUGCACUAUAUACAUAGUGGGGGGAAAAAAAAGAAACACAAAACACUUGAGGCAAGAAUUUGGCUUCUAAAUUAAGCAUUUCUUUUCCAAAGCUGCUUGCUACAAGUGCUUUAAAAGAUAAUAAAAUGAAGUGACUGUAUAAUAUUUGCAUUUUAAAAGCCAAAAAGGUUGUACUGUUGUAUGCAGUUAGGUGAUUUUGUAGGAGUGCUUUUAUAGAAAAGCAUAUGAAAUAUGCACCUGUAUUUAUUUUCUGCGACAAAGAAUAAAGAUUUGUUUUGUGUGA